AGUAUAUAUACGGGUCACCUGCGACGCCACUCCUCAUCCUCAGUUACCAGACGCUAGCUAGCUAGCUAGUUCUGAGUUCUCCGACAAUGGAUCUCUCCCUUGUCCUAGCGCUCGUCGCCGUCGCCUUAUCCGUUCUCUUCCUCCUCGUGACGAGGGCCAGGAAGCCAUGGCAGCGGGGCAAGCUGCCCCCGGGCUCGCUCGGCCUGCCGGUGAUCGGCCAGAGCCUCGGCCUCCUCCGCGCCAUGCGCGCCAACACCGCCGAGCGGUGGAUCCAGGACCGCGUCGACCGGUACGGCCCCGUGUCCAAGCUGUCGCUCUUCGGCAUCCCCACGGUGCUCCUCACGGGGCCCGCGGCCAACAAGUUCGUCUUCUUCAGCACCGCGCUGGCGUCGCAGCAGCCCCGGUCCAUGCAGCGGAUCCUGGGGGAGCGGAACAUCCUCGAGCUCAUGGGCGCCGACCACAAGCGCGUCCGCGGCGCGCUCCUCGAGUUCCUCAAGCCGGACAUGCUGCGGCUGUACGUGGGCAAGAUCGAGGGCGAGGUGCGCCGCCACCUCGACGAGAACUGGGCCGGCCGCCGGACCGUCACCGUGCUGCCCCUCAUGAAGAGGCUCACGUUCGACAUCAUCUCCCUGCUGCUCUUCGGCCUCGAGAGGGGCGCCGUCCGGGACACCCUCUUCCGCGAGUUCGUGGACGUCAUGGAGGGCACCUGGGCCGUCCCGCUGAACCUGCCGUUCACGGCCUUCAGCCGGAGCCUCAAGGCGAGCGCCAGGAUUCACCGGGUGUUCACCGGGAUCGCGAGGGAGACGCAGGCCAAGCUGGAGCGGGGAGAGGCAUCACGGAGCAGCGACCUCAUCGCGUGCCUCCUCAGCUUGACCGACGACAGCGGCGCGCCGCUGCUGAGCGAGGAGGAGAUCGUGGACAACGCCAUGGUCUCCCUCAUCGCAGGCCACGACACGUCCUCCAUCCUUCUCACCUUUUUGAUCCGCCAGCUCGCCGACGAUCCUGACACUCUCGCCGCCAUGGUCCACGAGCACGACGAGAUCGCCAAGAGCAAGGGCGACGGCGAGGCCCUGACCUGGGAGGACCUUGCGAAGAUGAAGCUCACGUGGCGCGCCGCGCAGGAGAUGCUCCGCAUGGUGCCCCCGGUCUUCGGCAACUUCAGGCGAGCGACCAAAGACAUGGAGUUCGACGGCUACGUCAUCCCCAAAGGGUGGCAAGUGUUCUGGACGGCGGCCGCGACGCACAUGGACGGGAGCAUCUACCCCGAGCCGGACAAGUUCAACCCGUCCCGGUUCGAGACCCAGUCGGCGUCAGUGGCGCCGCCGUGCUCGUUCGUCGCCUUCGGUGCCGGCCCGAGGAUCUGCGUCGGCAUGGAGUUCGCCAGGAUCGAGACGCUGGUGGCGCUGCAUUACCUGCUGAGGCGCUUCAGGUGGAAGCUCUGCUGCAAGGACAACACCUUCGUCAGGGACCCCGGGCCGUCGCCGCUGCACGGCCUGCCGAUAGAGCUUGAGCACAAGGCGGCAUCGCCAUGAUCAGAUACGAUCGAUCGUGGACGAGAAAAUAAUAAUAUACUCCCACUUCAGAGAUACGUGGCGAUGUUGAUUCGUCACCACGGAUCCCUGCAUAUGGUCUAGAGUUAUAUAAAAACUUUGACCGCUGUUUUAGCUGGAAUGAAGUUAUAUAUAGUAUCUAAAUAUAUAUAUAUAUAUAUACCAUAUAUAUAUAUAUGGUAUUGUGAAAGCACGUUUUCAAGAUAAAUAUUCAUAUGUUUUUAUGGUGCGAACUAAAUAUUUCAAGAUUA